AUGUUAAUGCCACGUCCAAAAGCAGUUCAUGUAUUAGUAUUGAUUUUUAUAUUCCUAUUUUGUGUUGCAAGUCUUAGAAAUCGAAACAGUUCGUUUCAUGAGUCUUCAGAAAUUCCCAAGGAAAAUUGCACAAGAAGUGGGUGGUUGAAAGACUCUACUGCUCCUGAAACUCAAGACUUUGGCUCGGAGUUUGUGAUUUCAUUCGCAGAUAUUCAAAAGAACUAUACCUGGUUGUACCUUCCCGAGAUCGAAGAGGCAAGUCAGGAGAAGGAUAUUCUAAUGAUAGUCGCCUCGAGGACAGAUAGCUAUGCUCGGAGGAACAUCAUGCGGCAGACCUGGAUGAAUAAGUCGGACAGUGAGAUUGUAGCAAAUGGGAGGAUGAAGCCGUUGUUCUUGGUUGGAUUAACGCCCGGUGACUAUAAAAUGAAGAAGAUGGUGAUGCAAGAAGCGAAGCUCUACGGGGACAUUAUCGUCGUUGACAUGAAUGAUACAUAUGAAGAGCUGACCUAUAAGUCACUGGCGAUUCUUCUCUACGGAGUCAGCAAAGCUCCACGAUACCAAAUGAUCGGGAAAAUCGAUGAAGACGUCAUAUUCUUCCCGGAUAAGCUUACUGCACUCUACGAGCAAGGUAUCAUAGAUGCUACUCCACUUUGCGCCUAUGGGUACAAAAUCCAAGCUGGAGCUCGUAUAUUCCGUGACAAGAACGAUCGAUGGUAUGUUCCGGAGUCUUCCUACUCUUGCUCCAAAUUUCCCGAGUAUGUCUCGGGAAUGUUGUACAUGGUCACUUGGGAGGCUGCGCAGCAGAUCAUCAAGUCUACGAAGUAUCGAGAUUUUAUUCAGGUGGAAGACGUGUUUCUUACUGGAAUUCUUGCGGAAGACCUGGGAAUUUCUGUGAGGAACUUGCCAAAAUUCUACAAGUACCCGAACGAUAUUGAUGAAUCCAAAUCGGUGGAUAUAAUUGCAUGGCACAACGACCAAAAAGACAUCCAAUACUUGAAUUUUUUCAAGAAAGGGCUGGCCAGAUAUCAAAACGAGAAGGCAGGAAUUGCAGCGAUGACGACGACUUCUGCACAGAAUUGAUUAUAAUUUUUGAAAAUUGCGAGUAUAAAAGUGUUGAUAAAAAUUAUCUUGAUUCCAA